GACAGCAAUCUCACACACACACACACGCCACUUCCGGCAGCCAGGUGGAGGGCGGGGGAAGAGAUUCAGCGGCGCACUUCGGGAACCAGGAACAUGGCGGACAUGAAGAGGAAGGAGAGGAAAGAAACUACUGGAAUGAAUGAAGCAAUGGGAAGCUAUGUGGUGGGCCAGGUGGCUAACAGUCUGUUCCAGAAGCAGGCAAGGAAAUGUAAGACAAAUCCACUGGUUACACUCUUCAGCAAUCCACCCUCUGCUACUCAGCCAAUCUUCACUCCUGUGCCAGAGAGCGCGGUCAGCUGCAGGAAGAGGGAUCUUGUGGAGGAUGAAUCUGAUGCAACCGCUCAGGCCAAGCAACAGAAGCUGGAUCAGAAGAAGCCUGUUUGUGUGAAGAAAGAACUCAUAGCUGCUGAGAGGAAAUUGGCCCAGUGCGAGGAUGCCUUGAGAGCAGCAGAUGAGGAAGGUGAAGGGGACCAAAACAGGAAGCAGAAACGGAGCAAGAAGGCAGAACAAGGCAAGUUGCCAGUUGCUGGGGAGGUAACGAAAGAAAAGGCUGAAGCUGGGAAUCAGAAAAACACAGCCAACCCUGCUCUAGAGAGGAUAAAGAAUAGGAGGACCCUGUUUGUUGGGAACCUGCCAUCAGAUUGCAGUAAACAGAUGAUCAAAGUGCUAUUUAAAGAGUUUGGACCAAUUGAGUCAGUACGAUUCCGUUCAGUGGCACGUUCAGAGCCCAAAAUCUCCAAGAAAUUGGCAACCAUCCAGAAGAAGAUUCAUCCCAAGAGGAACAAUAUGAAUGCCUACAUAGUGUUUGAACAAGACAGUGAUGCAAUCAGAGCGUUGACAAAGAAUGGCUAUGAAAUACAAACUGGCUUUCAUAUCCGGGCUGACCUAGCCAGCAAGUCAAAAAUUCAUGACCAUCGAAGAUCAGUCUUUUUAGGCAACUUGCCAUAUGAGAUCAACGAGGACGAAGUACGGGAACACUUCAGGGAAUGUGGUGCAAUUGAAUCAGUCCGGAUUGUGAGAGACCGUGAAUCAGGAAUGGGAAAAGGCUUUGGAUAUGUGCUUUUUCAGAGUACAGAUGCAGUAACUCUGGCCCUACAACUGAAUAACGCCGAGCUGAAGGGUCGCAAGUUGAGAGUCAGUCACUCGCUGAAGAAGGACACAGCCAGCAGGGUCCGAUCAGGGAGUGCUGGGGACACAGCCAACAGGGCUGAAGCAGUGAAGAAGCCAUCGUUGGCCAAGAGAUUCACUGGGCUCAUGGCAAAACCAGUGAAGGAGGAUAAAGCAAAGAAGAUGAAAAUGAAGAAGAAAGUGCAGAAGUGUAAACUAAACCAGCGCAAGGGCAGCAAGCUUAGAAGCAAAAAGUGAAAUACUGCUCCUUCUGACGUCCUCAUUCUCCCUUUGGGGGCACCAACUCACUGUUAACAUUGGCCGGAAAUUUCAGCAUGGAACUGUAAUUGAUAGGAAGCCAAAAUCUGACCUGCAGAUUCUCCUUCCUCCUUUCUUCUGAGCGAAUGGUUUGGAAAAAGCCAUAAUGGUUGAAUGUUCAUUGUGUGAAGGAUUCUCUGAAAAGGAUCAGCACCUCUGUUUCCUGGGGCAGACCCAUUUGGUUUGUUUGCCUUUGAAGAUGCAAGUUGAGCAAUAAAAUAAUUGUAUAGAGUUCGAGUUCA